UUCCAUCGAGACCCAUAAUACGCAAGAACAAGGGUCGAGCUUUCGGAAUCAGAGGAAACCCUCCUUCAUCUUCCAGCUUUAUUCCGAUAGAUACGAGCUAGGGUUACUUUGGUUUUUCAAUAUUUUCCCGGAAAUUAGUUUCUUCAUUACGGCUUUCGGGAUUGAAAAUUUUCCCCCAAUUCCGUCUGUCUGAAGAAAAUAGUUUCUGUAAAACGAGGAAGCUUGUUGACGGUAAGAAAGUGAGAUCAUGAAGCGCAGGCGCGGCCAAAAGAAAGGCAAUCCAAAGAGGCCCUCUGUCGUCGCGGGCACAGAUGAGGCAUUGCCAAAUGCUGCCAGUCGAAAUGCCGAGGAUAUUUCUGGGUUGGGUGAUUUUGAUCAUGCCGGGUUUGAUUCUGAUUCUGGGAUGGAGGCUGAAACACCGUCCCCAAGAGUAUCCGAUCAUCGACCUGACAAGUUCGCAAAUAUUAAUUCUGACGGGUUGAUUGGCAAGCCAGCAGAGAAAUCGGGUUAUGGGCGUGUUAAGGUGAAGCUCAGGACUUCAAAAACGUUAGACUCUCACCCUGCUUCAUCAGAUGCCCCCACGCAAAGUGAUACUGAUAGGAGCAGCUUGCAAGUGGGCUUAGACAAACAAGGAGUAGUUACUGAGAAGAUGGAAGAUAGUGCCAACUCAUUGUCUGAUUUGAAAAUACCUGUUUUGGGGACGUCGAAGAAAUCAGGAAGCAUAAAGAUUAAAACGUCAAGGGGAAUGGGAUCUUCCAGUGUAAACAAAAGUACUAGUGCCUUACUGCCGCAGGGCGAUAAUACCCUGCAAAGAGAUAUAAGAUCACCUCACUUGAAUCCUUGCUACAACAAGGCUGAAUUAGAUGCUGCCCUUGUGGUGAUUAAGAAGGUUAUGAAAAUGGAUGCAGCUGAGCCCUUCAAUGUUCCAGUGAAUCCUAUAGCACUUGGGAUACCUGAUUAUUUUGAUGUAAUUGAUACACCGAUGGAUUUUGGUACAAUAUGCAGCAAUCUUGAAAAUGGAGUUAAGUACAUUAAUUCGGAGGAUGUCUAUAAGGAUGUACAGUUUAUUUGGGAUAAUUGUUAUAAGUAUAACAACAAGGGUGAUUAUAUUUUGGAACUACUGAAGCGGGUUAAGAAGAACUUCACAAAAUAUUGGACAACAGCUGGGCUGUACAGCGGACAUCCAAGGAGACUUGAGGGUGUUCAAAUCAUUCAAGUGGAGGAUGAUGCCACACAGUCUGUUCAGGGAAAAGUUCAUAUUAAGGGUGCUCACUCAAAACACAAGAAACGAAGGCGGCAUGGAAUCAAGCGCCAUAAAGAUGACUGUCUGUGUGCUAUAUGUGUUGUAAGACGCCGCAGGCUGGAACGCAAGGACAAUGCUCAAAUUGUUGAGGAUCAGAUUGGUAGCUGUGAUGGUAAUCUGGCUUCAGAGUUCAAACAAGAGGGAAUAUCCCUUGUAGAGAGUCCUUGUGGGGAGGAUACCUCAUCAAAUAUGGACAAUUCACUUGACCAAGAUGCAGAUGCUGACUUGGAUGAAAAGGGAGAGGUGAUGAAAGUGGAUAGUAGCGAGCAGCAAUAUAGCACCCAGUUGGAGAAGUUGGAGGAGAAAGAGAAUCAGAUAGACAUCGAAAGGAGAGGUGAGGGUGGGACUUCAGAGCUGUCACUCCUUGGUGAUAGAUCAGGCAAGGAGUCCACAUCAGAGUCUCUGGCACAAAUUCCAGAGGAUAUAGGUGGUGGAUUCCAAACUAAUGCUGAAAAAGAAGAAAUAUCAGGGCAUCAUGGGGAAGAAGCUGCACCUAUUCGGCAGCAGAAGUAUAAGGAGUCUUUGGAGAAGAGACAAAAAACUAGAGUGUUUGAAGAGUUGCUUCGUUUUGAAAAUCCUAUGCUUCUAAAGCUAUGUGGAACCCUCUUUUCAGACAACCCUAAAUCUGUCUGGAAUGGACCUCAUUCACUAGUACAACAUCACGGUUCUGUGCGCAGUAGUUCCAUCCAUGCAGCUAUAUCAACAUUUAUGAAAUAGAUUUUGGUUGCAUUGUUCUUAUUGCAAUUGUCAUCCUGUUAUGUGUGAGAAGGCAGGGAAAUGGAGUUUUUGAUGGCUUGGGUGGAGGGUGAGCCUGUCACCACUGCCCAGGAACUCAAAGAAGUCGAAAAGAGCACAGAUGCUUUACUGUGUGCAGUCACUUGCCAAUGGGUUGUCUAGGAGAUUGUAUGGAUAAACACGGUUUUUCGCUUUCUCAAAAAAUGUUUUUCUAGUAGAUAGUAUUGCACUUUUAUGAUCGAAAUCAUGAUUAUUUAUUGCCCAUCCA